CUCAGUGGGGGAGGGUGAGGGAGGUGCGAUGAGGAGGUAGCGUGGCUACUCAGGCCAGUAUCGAUCAGUAGUGAAGUACAAACCUUGUCGUCAGCCGUGCCUCGCUUCAUCUGAUUUCUGUUUACGCCUUUGUUACAGUCAUGGUCGGCGUGUUGGUGUUAAUUUUUUUCGUGGUUCUCCAAGAUUUCAGUGUGGCCCAGCCCCCGUUUUACGUGGACGCCCUACAGAACGGCUGUUGUUUCGGACGCGGCAGAUACGCCAAUGGUCAGACUGUCUUGAGCCUGCCCAAAUGUUGUGCUUCGUUAGAGUGUCGCAAGGGUGACCUUGUUCCCCGGUACUUCGGCCCACAUGAUUCCAAAGAUUGUUGCGUGUUCGACGGGCAUAUGUAUCCCAACGGGUCACAACUUUCGUCUUACUGCGUGCCUCUUGUGUGCGUCAGAGGUAACUGGACUUACUCCCACGAGAUCGAAGAGUGUUGCAAGAUGUGCAAAGUUUACAACGACCCGCACUUCACAACAUACGACGGCUACCUGUAUCAUUGGCAUGGACUAUGUAACUACACGAUCACCCAAACAGGCCGCUCCUACCGCCCGCAGAUCGGAGUAUUUAGCGAAUUCCAGCCGUGCUUCAGCGGCCCCUCAUGCCUACAUAUCACAACCUUCAGGAACGAUGCCAAAACUCUUCUAUCAUUGACACAUUCCAUCCUACCCAUGUCCAUGACCACAGUCCACGUGCUAAGUGAUACUGCGCCGUCCACAUUCGUGGUGCCUCCUGACGGCGUUCACCACGUCCAGUCCGUGUCUGGCAUCCACCAGGUGCUCGCUUGGCGGGACGGUGAUUGCAUUAUGUUGAUGGGAUCCUCCAGAAUCACGGUGCGCUAUUGCUAUGGCCACCUUACAGUGUGGGCUUACCCAACCCACGCAAACCAGCUGGACGGCCUGUGUGGUCACUUCAAUUUUUAUCUCAACGACGACAUGACGAACAGAGACGGCACAGUACACACCCCCAACCCAUGGCCUAUGGCAUUCCCUGAAUCUUGGAAGACUAUCGAAUCACUGAUCUGCACGCAACAAGAGAAUGCAACUGUUGCGAAGAAAUGGGCGCAGGAGUGGUUGAAGGUAGCUCAACAGCGAUGGGUGACGGAUGUUGGCAACGCUGCCUUCAGAAGAUUUCAGCAGAAGACAGAGUUGCAGUUGGAGACAGUCAGUAGCAGUGGUCUCUCCCGGUGUUCCUUCUCUCUCGUUCUCUUUCUCUUGGCCUGUGUGACAAUAACUGAGAUAGUACUCCUUAGUAUCAACAACACUAGAGAGAACCUCUCCCUGGGUCUUCAUCCCCUCCAAGUGGUUCGGUCGGCCAAGCUGCUCGGGGUCACAGUGGACGACCAACUAACAUGGAAGUUACACGUUACCACCACAGUGAGAUCAGCGGCCUACAGACUCUACAUGCUGCGCAGACUUAGUCACUGGGCACACCAGCUGAUGAGUUAA